AGAAGCUGGUUUUAUUAAUAUUCUAAAACCAAUAUAAAACAUGGCGCAGUCGUUGUAGUAGUUUGAUGAACGAAUAAUUAUAGUUGAAGAAAAUGGAUAUCAAACCGCCGAGAAAGUUUAGUUUUGAAGGAAAUGUGCAGGAAAAUUUCACAAAAUUUAUACGUCAAUUUGAAGUUUAUAUGUUGGCAAGUGGUGGAAGCCUAAAAGAGGAUCCAGUAAAAAUUGCCAUACUCCUUAAUGUGUUGGGAGAAGAGGGUAUUGAAAUAUACAGUAACUUUGAGUUGACAGACGCACAGAAGAAAGUAUAUAAAACGGUCGUGGAAGAGUUUAUGAAGUAUGUUAAUCCUAGGAAAAGCAUAGUUUAUGAAAGAUUCUUGUUUUACAAUCGAAAACAAGAGUGUGGUGAAUCUUUCGAUCAUUUUGUGAAUGAUUUGAGGACUGCAGUUAAGAGAUGUGAAUUCAAAGACUCCGAAGAAAUGCUACGAGAUAGGAUAAUCUUUGGAAUAUCUGACAAAGAAGUACAGCAAAAGUUAAUUGUUAAAGGAAGUGUCACCCUGGCAGAUGUGGUCACCAUGUGUAGAACAAAUGAAGCAGCCAAGGGCUAUAUACAGACGGUGCAGACAGAAGGAGCGAAAGCAGUGGAAGUACUCCAGAAGAAGAAUGCAAGUUCAGAAACUUAUAAGAAGAAACAGCAAGACGAUAGUCAGAAGAAACAAGAAACAGUAACGAGAUUUUUGUGUACCAGGUGUAAAACAAAGCAUUGUGUUCGUAAUUGUCCUGCCUUUGGAAAGAAGUGUCACCGGUGUGGUAAAAUGAAUCACUUUAAAAUUUGUUGUAGAGUUAAGGAAGUUAGAGAAGUUAAGAAUGACGAGUUCACUGCGGGUGGUUCAGAAGCAACGCUUAUGGUGGAAGGCGUUAAGAAAUAUUGUUCGGGUGUUAACAGUGUUAGCAAAGCGUGGUAUGAAGAUGUAAAAUUAUGCGGUUCUGUUGUGAAAAUGAAAUUAGAUACUGGGGCGGAGGUUAACACAAUUCCAGAAAAGUUAGUAAGGCAACUCAAAUGUAUGAAUAAGAUAGUCAGGGACACAAAAAUGUUGUUAGAGUCAUGGGGAGGAUAUAAAAUUAAGCCUUUAGGAUUUAUUGACUUGGACUGUACUGUUAAAGAACAUGAUGUUAUUGAAGCUAUGUAUCAACUCAAACCUAAAUAUACGGCUGGUCCAGACAAAAUACCGGCAUUAAUCAUCAGAGAAUGUGGUGAGAGUCUGGCUAGACCUUUGAAAGUUUUGUUUAAUUUAUGUCUGGGAAGUGCUUCUUUUCCGGAUAUGUGGAAAGACGCUAAAGUGGUUCCGAUAUUCAAAUCUGGCGAUAAGACUUGGGCACUUUGUAAAUUUCCUGUUGGACCUCAAUCCGACACGCUAAAAACUGAGGAGAGCUCGAUCGCCAUAAUCAGAGCCAUCGAUUCGGUUCACCAAAACAGAUAG